AUGUUCUUCUUGAUCUCAUUAAUUAUAAUCAUUAAUUAAAACAUUUAAAUAUUAAAAAUAAAUAAUUAUUUCAUUUUUAUUUUCUUAUAUAAUAGCUAAUUCAUUUUCUAAUUAUAUAAAANAUAAAAUGAUCUUUUAUAGUUUGAAUCAUCUGGUAGAGAAACUUUGAAUCCUUCUACUUUUGGAUAAUUAGAAGAUAUAUUUACUUUAUAAAAAAUUACUGAAGAAAAAUAAAUUUUAGAAGUUUAAGUAGAAUAACUACAAUUUGAAAAAAAAAAAAUUGAAAAAAAUGUAUUAAUAUCCAUUUUAUAUAUUAGAGUUUUGAUUAAAUAUAAAAUUUAGGACUUUAAUUAGCUCAUGCUUAAUAAUGUAUAAAAGAAAUGGAACAUAAUAAUGAAGUACUUACCUAAGAUUACUUAAAUGAAGUCAAGGCUAAAGAAGAAAUUGAGGAAAAAUUAAAAGAUGAAUGGAAUUAAGAAAGAAGACUAUUAUUAAGAGAAUUAGAGGAUUCAAAAAAAGCUUUAUAAAAUUAAACUAAAAUUGCUUAAAAAGAUAUUUCGAGAAUAAAAAUGGAAUAUGAUAGAGAAAAAUUAAAGGUUGUGGAAUUAGAAAGCGAAGUUAAAAAGUUUUAAUAACUAAGUGAACUCUAUAAAUCUUAAUUAGAAUAAAAUGAUUCUCAUAAUUCAGAUAAUAAGGGAAAUGAACAUGAAUUAUAGAUGAAAGAUUUAUAACUUAGGGAUUUAUAAGUUGAAAUUUAAAAGAGAGACUAAAUAAUUUCUUAAUUAAAUAAUUAAAUCAAAGAAUAAUAAUCUAAGUCAUUAGCAUAAUCUUAAACUAUUAGUUAAAUUAAUGAUAAUUCAGAAAUCACAUAAGAACUAAAUGAAAAGAUUAUUUCUUUAUCUGCAACUUUAGCAAAAAGAGAACUUGAGUAAAACAGAAAUAAAAAGUUGAUAUCUGUAAUGAAUAAUUUAAUAAAACUCAAAAUUAUAGAAGUAAAUGCUUUACAUAAACAUUUUAAUAUUUUCCAUGAAUAAUAAAAGCAAGUAUUAAUUUCAUUUUAAAAAGGAUAUUUAUAAACCAAUAUCUUAAAUUAUGGAAAAAGAAAAAUUAUUGAUGAAAUAAAUUGA